GCAUAUAUACAAGCAAGACGAUAUAUACAAGCAUAUGUGCGCAGGCAUAUACCAUAAAAUAUAUAUAUAUAUAUAUAUAUUAAAAGUGAAACAAAAAACGGAUGACAAGAGCACUUGACGAGGACAGUUGCUAGAAACAUGUAGUACACGACCCGAAAUGCGAAUGGAGAUAGAGGUACUAGGCAAAGUGCUACAGAUGCAACAGAGAGCAGCAGUUUUUUAGAUGUGUUUACACCGAACCGAGCAUCAGAGUUAGGAGCAACUUAGGAGCAAAGAACCCUUCCGUUUGUCUAGCGAUUUAACGGUAGAAAUACACUGCAUCUCGCACACACACACACACAGAAAACUCCCAACAAAAUACACUUAGCGAUUAUGCAGCUUUCCGUAGCACACACACACUCACACACACUAUCGCCCACCCAAACCGCCCAGCAUUGUCCUUUUGAUGAUUAUUCAGAUUAAGUAUCUUUAGCCAUUCCAAAAAAAAAACUCCGUUUCCCUUGGUUACACUGCAAGAAAACAGGAAAAGAAGACGGUAGCUGGCGGCUGGUGGGCACAACGCUUAGGGCACGUUUACACUAAGAAAAGUUUUAGCAAGCAACUCUAAAAAUUUGUUGAUUAAUUUUAUGUUACCAAAACGAAUGGAAAAACGAACAAAAAAAGUAUCUAUAUAUAUAUAUAUAUAUAUAUGAGAACUAACUUUAGCAAGGAGCGAGUUACAUUUUUUUUUGUCUUAGCUGUAGGUCAGAGGUACGCGAAAUAGAACGCUCAAAGCGCUUUUGGUUAAUGGAUCGAAUCGGAUCGGAUCGUAUCGGAUCGGAUCGGAUGGGAUCGGAUAAUGGGGAAGGAUUAUGGCAAGGAUAUAGCAACGCAUAUGAAAUGUCGGUUUAAGUGUUAGUUUCUAAUUAAGUGGCGAACGAAGGGCAAACUAGCUAUAUAUAUAUACAUACGAGUAUAUAUAUAUAUUAUGAAUGCUAACAAAUGAUAUAUACUUACUAUUUAUAUUUCUAUAUAUACAUCUAUAUAUAUAUAUAUACACGAUAUUAAAGAGCAGUCAAUGGUUUUUUGGUUCCAGUUCCGAGAGAAGCAAGUGUCAGGCAGUCAGGAUGCUAAUUAACUAUGUAUUAAUUAAUUAUCUAUUGUUUCUGGCAGUUUUCUGUUCCAACCUUCGUACCGCCGAGCAAUACAACUGCCUUUCGCUACCGGUAGUGAAAACAUUGAAGUCUUUAAAUUCAACCAAGCUAGUCGAGAUGUUCAUCAAGUGGUUUCUUCUGCUAUCAGCAAUCAACUUCUUGUCCGCAGGACGAGUUCCCCAACCGGAAGAACGCAUCAUCGGUGGAAAAGAUAUUGAAAUAGAAGACGCUCCCUGGCAGGUGUCCUUACAGGUUGACAGACGUCAUUAUUGUGGUGGCUCCAUUUACAGCAAGGACAUUAUCAUCACUGCUGCCCACUGCCGCUUUACCGAAAAAGAAGAACAAAUUGAAGCCAAGAAUUUCACAGUCCGCGUAGGAUCUUCAUUGGAAAACAGCGACGGAAUUCUAAUCGGAGUGGCAGCAAUUAAAUCACACGAGAACUACACCAGAAAUGGAUAUGUAAACGACAUUGCUGUAAUGCGAUUAAGUGAGCCACUUGUGUUCUCCAGCAAAGUGCAGAGGAUCCCCUUAGCCGAAAAGAAUCCUUCACCUGGGGCUCUUGCAAAGGCUUCUGGUUGGGGAGCAGUUAGAGUAACAAAUUUUAAAGGAAAGAAAAUGCAGGAAUAUCCAGAACAUCUUCAAGGAGUAGACCUUCAGAUAGUCAGUUUUUCGCGGAAGGAUAACAUUUUUGUCUAUUCUUAUGGACGAUCGACUUGUUCUGGCGACUCUGGAGGACCUUUGGUUGUUGACCAGCAGCUUGUCGGUGUUGCCUCAACGGUCGGAACUGAAUAUUGCUAUAGUUUGGCAGCCUUCGCAGGUGUCCCUUACUUCCGGAACUGGAUUUUAAAUGCCAUUGAAUCUCUUAAAGGGUCAUCUUAAAAAUGAAACCGCAAAAACAUAAAAAAGGAAUAAACUUAAUAUGCAUAUAAAUAUGAUUUUAAACGGUCCUGAGUAAAAUGUAAAAUUAUGUAACCUAUUUUUUAAAAAGUACAUCGAAAAUAACAAAUAACAAACAGAUGAAAGACGUACACGUCUAGUUAGAUUCAAAUCCUGAUGCUGAUCAUGAAUAUAUUGAAUAUAUCUGUAGAAUAUA